UUGGUUUCCCCCUCUUUCCCUUCCUUCUCUCAUGCUACUCUACUUGUUUAUAACUUGUGUCCCCUUCUUCCUCUUUUUAAAGUCCCUCAUCUCUCUCAACAAACCACUCCCACCAUGGGCAACUGAUAUGAGAUUGUUGUCAUCUCCCUGGUUGUUCUUCAAAGGUCUCUCCUUUUUAGCCAAAUCCCACCUCACAAAAAGACCAAACAAUAACAACAACAAUAACAUUUGUUCAUCAUCAACUCUUCCUUUUUCUCCAAUCCCCUCAAGGAUGUCUCUCAAACGAAAAGCUCUAACUUCCAAGGUUGAGAAUGUGGAAGAUAAUACGGAAGAGAAGACCUCGGUUUUGGACUUGCCUGAAUUGGCCUUGGACUGCAUUCUUGAGAGGCUCCCACCGGAUGCUUUGUGCAGCAUGGCUGGUGUUUGCACUUCUCUGAGGGAGAGGUGUAUGAGUGACCGGCUUUGGGAAAAGCACAUGAACCAAAAAUGGGGUAACAUCAUUGGCCAAGCUGCUUACAGAGAGUGGCAAUGGCAGAUUGCUUCCAAAGCUGAUUUGGGCAAUCUCAAACAAGGAAAGCAAAAGGGGUUGAUGAGAAUUCUCUCUCUUAAUUGGCCUUUUUCUUGGAUUAGAUCAAAGGUUGAUGAUUACAACAAUAGUAGUAGUACUAAGCCGAGGAGUCCUUUGCCUGUUGAUUCAAUCAUGGCUUGGUACCUUGCUCUUGAAACUGGCAAGUUCUGUUUCCCAGCUCAGGUCUAUAACCGAGAGAAUGGGCAUGUUGGUUUUAUGUUGUCAUGCUAUGAUGCACAGAUUAGCUACGAUCCUAGAACUGACACCUUCCAAGCCAGAUAUCCACCACAUGGAAGAAGGGCAGUUGCUAUAGAGAGUGGAGUGCCAUGGGAAAGGCUCAGAGCACCACCUGUUGAUACUCCUCCUCAUGAUCUUCAUAUCUCCGAUUGCUUGCAUGAAUUACGCCCCGGAGAUCACAUCGAGAUUCAAUGGAGAAGGAACAAAGAGUUCCCUUACGGUUGGUGGUAUGGAGUUGUUGGUCACUUGGAAUCAUGUGAUAGGAAUGAAAAUUACUGCCGUUGUCAUGAUAGUGACACUUUGGUGCUGGAAUUCAAUCAGUACACGCCUGGUUCACGGUGGAGACACACAACAGUCAAUAGGAAAGACCAUAGAGAGGAAGGAAACGAAGUGGACGGGUUUUAUGGAGGAAUCAGGAAGCUGAACACGGAGGAAGAGAUUUUGACAUGGAGGCAGCUUUGGCCAACCGAAACCUUGGAGUAGGAUUUGGCAUUAGGAGUUGGGAGAAGAAGAGAAUUACUAUGCUUCCCACGCCCCGAGCAUACGCGAGCCUGAUGUUUCUUCUGAUGAAAGCAAGUUCUUCUAGUCCUGCUUGAUGCAAGUCAGAAGAAUUCAGAAGUUUAAACACAGACUUCUGACCCCCAAUCGCACGAAUGCAGAGGCCUCACUUUUUCUUCUCUUUCUUCGUUUUUCAUGGGAGAUUUCUCGGCUAUUUCAUGCAAUUCAGAUCCAUGUAAAUUGCCCCAUAUUGGUGCAAAAUUGAUGAUUUGAUGUAUCAUAUUUUACACCCGACUAUAAAUAUGAAGUUGUAGUUCAUAUUCAGAAUAUUACAUGGAACACUAGCAGCCAUUUCUACCGUAUGGCCUGUAAGAUAAAA